CACAAUACAGAUGUCGCUGGAGGAGGCAGCACAACUGCGGGAAGGUUCCUCGGUGUGUCGCCCACAGAAAACAUGACGGCCGGCGUUUAAUACUUCCACACCGCGGAGCCGACCAAGGUACCGUUCCAAUCGCCAUGUUGGUCAUCGCUAGGGCAUGUUUCCUGCUCCUGUUGUGUCUCAGCCAGGCCGUACAUGCCACACCACCGGUACAGAACGCUAACCGAGACAUCUCUCCUAGAUACCACCGCCCACCACAUGUACUUCUGGCUGGAAGUCAUGGUCAUCACUCCACUGUUACAAACAUCAGCCGUAGCCGGGGAACCAGGAACCAUGACCGAGGUUUACAGAAGCCGAACUUGAUGCUGAACUUGAACUUGCUGAAAGGACAGGUGUCGGCCUCAGUCGAUACAACCUUCCGCUCUCUCAGCUGUGACGUCACUGUGUGGUGUAAAGGCGGGAAGGAGAACUCGUGUUCGUGUGGAGAAGACCGUCUGCGCACGUGCGCCCUCCCCAUGGCACGGAUCACACACAAGUCCUGGGCACAGUAUGACCCCAUGACGCUAUUCUGUGUGGGAGUCGAGCUCGCAUCCGCCCAAAACGGCACCAACUACGAACUGUUGACCCGCUGCAAGACCAGAGGUGUCGGGAAAGUCAAAUACAGAGUUUAUGUCAAAAGGGAAGACAAGAAUGCCGCGCUGAACGAAGCCCAACCAACUGUCCGCUACCGAGCAUGCUUGGAGCCACUUCAGGAUUAAGUUGUUAUCAAUUCCCUUUAGACACGUCAGACAUAGGUCACGGGGACACGUAGGGUUGAAGAGAUAUUUGCUGUGAACAUCCUUGAAUGAUCCAUUACUCCCCAUAUCACCUCCUGUAUAUGUAAUUGUACAUCACGUUACUCAAUCAGCUACAUCGUUCAGAAUAUAUAACGUUAUCAGUAGUAGCAUUAGUAUUGAACACGUAACUAAAUACCAUCAUGAUGAUAGUACGGGCAAUAUCAAAGACACGGCAGUAAAGGGCGUGUAAAACACAUGUACUGCAAUAGUAUAGGUAAAGUAGGAUACCAUAGUACAAGAAAUGCUUAAUUUACACCGAAAGUUUUCGCAAUGUGUUUUGUAUACAUUGUCAUUUCUUGAAGAAUUAUGGAAAUGAGAUUUGCUUGAAUCAUAGAAUACGAUGCAUGGAUGAAAGCGGCCUCUACCGAUCAUCUCUUAGACGACAGUACAGCAUAACAUGUAUUGGGUAUGGAUUCGAAUAGUAGAAACAGCAAAUAGAAGAUCUCAUUCCUCCGUGAAAAGAGACUUGUUUGUGAACUUCUUGUUUUAUUCAUUGUUGUAUUUUUUCGAUGAUUCUGUGUGCAUCUUGACACUAGCUCUUACAAGGCAACAGGCAUCACUAGCAGGAAAUUGAAGACAAGAAAUGGGAUAGCGUUGACAUUUCAUAACCAACUGUGGGACCUGUGACCUAACUUCCUGUCAGUGGUUCCGACGUGCCUAUCAUAUAGCAGGUGUGGAAACACAAACAGACGGACACACCCAACAAGACGUGGCAAAUCUCUCACAUACUUCAUGGCUACGCAAAUGUAAUACAACCAUAUCCACUCCAAACUGUGCACAUGCUAGCCUCACGCACAUGCAAUGUACGGGUUCCUCAACUUCAUAUGGCCAAGUCAACCAUUCCGCCUUGCCAGUCUCCGGUUACACCAUUUACCUCCUCACAUCCUAACUUCGGACACACUCCAACCAAACAGGCACAUCGAAAACAUAUGGUACUUGCCUGUUAUUAGCUAGGGU